AACGAUGCUACCCAACUGGGACGAUACAGGAGAUAUCCCAGUGGAGACACUCGCACGAUUCGAGAAGGACGUGAAACGAACCGACACCGGGUUCCUGGCGAUAGCAACAGAGGUGGAGAAUGACGGAGAGAAAGCCUCGGAAACUCCAGAAAAAAUCAAGGAAUUGCUGAAGGAGUUCCAAGACAUUCUUCCUGACGACCUACCGAACGAGCUACCACCAUACCGAACGCAUCAACACGAGAUCGUGGAGGAACCGGGUUCGAAGCCGACCUUCCGAGCACCAUAUCGGCUCAGCCCUACGGAGCUGACUGACAUGAAAAAACAAAUCGAGUAUCUCCUAGCCAAAGGACUCAUCCGACCAUCCACUUCGCCGUACGGUGCCCCAGUACUCUUCACACCGAAACCGGACGGAAGCCUGCGCAUGUGCAUCGACUACCGAGCUCUUAACAAGCAGACCAUCAAGAACAAAUAUCCGAUACCGCGAAUCGAUGACCUGCUUGACCAGCUUCGGGGAGCUACGGUAUUUUCCAAACUGGAUCUGCGGUCCGGAUACUGGCAGAUACGGAUGGCGGACAACUCUAUCCACAAAACUGCUUUCCGAACUCGGUACGGAUCGUACGAGUAUUUGGUCAUGCCGUUCGGACUCACCAACGCACCGGCAACAUUCCAAGCCGAAAUGAACCACAUUCUACGACCACUUUUGGACGAGUGCGUGGUGGUGUACCUGGACGACAUACUUAUCUACUCACGCGACAUGAAGCAGCACGUCGAACACCUGCGACGCGUCUUCGAAAUUCUUCGACGGGAACGAUUCUACGUCAAACUGUCCAAGAGCGAAUUCGCCCUGGAGAAAGUCCAAUUUCUAGGACACUUGGUGAGCGCUCAAGGAGUUCACGUCGACCCCAAGAAAGUCGAAGCCGUACGUGCGUGGAAGACACCCGAGAACGUGAAGGAGUUGCAGCAGUUCCUAGGCUUCGCUAAUUACUACAACAGGUUCGUGCCACAGUAUGCGAAAAUCGCAGCACCACUCACGAAUCUGCUGAAGAAGAACACGCCCUACAAAUGGGAAACGAAGCACCAGGAAGCCGUGGAGCAGCUGAAACAAGCACUAACAUCCGCACCGGUGCUCAUCUUGCCAGAUCCCGAACGUGACUACGUCAUUGAAGCAGAUGCCAGUGAUCAGGCCGUGGGUGCAGUCUUGAUGCAAGACCAAGGGAAUGGACUGCAACCAAUUGCCUACCUCAGCAAGAAACUGCACGGGGCAGAACUCAACUACCCGAUACACGACAAAGAGGCUCUUGCUAUCGUCAUCGCCUUCAAAGCGUGGAGAUGCUAUCUCGAAGGACGAAGAACGACCGUCUACACCGACCACUGCAGCCUGAAAUAUUUGAAGACACAACCCAACCUUUCCAGGCGGCAGGUCCGGUGGAUCGACUUCCUCGAGACACACUUCCACUACGACAUCGUGUACAAGCCCGGCCACAAGAACAAAGCAGACGCUCUCAGCCGGCCUGCACACGUUGCCGCGAUUCAGAUCGAAGGGAUGAAUCCACUACUCAAGGGACUCUUCACCCACGGGUACGCCAUCGACCCCGAAAUUCGAUUGGCAGAAAGGCGACAUCUGCUACAGUGGGACAAUGACAUCGCAUACCGGAAGGGAUCCACAAAAAUCUGGGUACCCAAUUACCCUCCUUUGCGCCAGUUACUACUCGAAGAAUAUCACGACGUCCUCUACGCCGGACACUUCGGUAGCAACAAGACGCUCACCGGUAUCGCCAAACACUACUACUGGCCCCAUAUGGCAGACGACGUCCAGAAGUUCGUCACCUCGUGUGAUACAUGUCAGCGGAUGAAGAGCAGCAAGCAGAAAAAGGCGGGACUACUGCAGCCUCUUCCUGUCCCAGAACAACCAUGGCAAGUGGUUAGCCUGGACUUCAUUACCGGGUUACCACCUACUUCCAGCGGUCAUGACGCCAUCCUUGUCGUCAUUGACAAGUUCUCCAAAAUGGGACACUUCAUCCCGACACACACGACAGCACGCACCGAGCAGACAGCACAACUCUUCGUUCGUCACAUCAUCUCACAGCAUGGCAUCCCAACCACACUCAUUUCCGACCGAGACCCUAAGUUCACUAGCAAGUUCUGGAAGGAACUUAUGUCUCUGCUCGGCACCAAACUCGCCAUGUCAUCCGCAUAUCAUCCGCAGACAGACGGACAGACCGAGCGCCUCAACCAAAUUGUUGAGCAACUCCUCCGAGCAGCCUGCAAGGACGACAUCUCCAAAUGGGACUUGCACCUACCCGUCCUGGAGUUUGCCUACAACAACGCUACACACGCCACUACGGGACAGACGCCGUUCUUCCUCUGCUACGGACGCCACCCACUCACACCACAGAAACCGACAACACCAGCAACAGUUCAACCUGCACAUGACUUCAUCACAACCAUGCAUCAGCUUUGGGAUCGGACCCAUAAGCGCCUCCUUGACAUUCAACAGCAACAGAAGCGCCAGGCCGAUCGCCAUCGCAACGACCACACCAUUUCCGUGGGAGACCAGGUUCUCCUUGACACCCGCAACCUGGACAUCAGCCAUCUCCCAUCUAAACUUCGACCUCGCUUCUUCGGGCCUUUCCUCGUUGAAGCCCAGGUCACUCCUGUUACCUUCCGCUUACGCCUGCCAGCUACCUGGAAGAUUCAUAAUGCCUUCCAUGUCCAACUUCUGAAGCCCUAUCGAGAUCCUAACACGAUCUUCGUGGGACGCCAGCCGCCGCCGCCGCCGCCCGUCCUCGUCCAGAACGAACCCGAGUACGAGGUCGAGUCCGUGCUCGCACACCGCCGUCGUCGGAAUGGCACCGUGGAGCUUCUCAUCCGUUGGAAGGGUUAUGAUCCUUCUGAGGACAGCUGGGUCUCUGAGACCGACAUGGGUAACGCCCGUCGUCCUCUGCAUGACUACCUUGUCAAGCAGGCCAGAUAUUCCUGCUCACUCCCUAAAGCAUCCACCAACGAUAGCAGUGUUCUAGCCACCAUGGCAGCCAUUGCGUCGUCCUCCGCUGUGCGCGUUCCUGCUGCUCUGUCCGCCAAGCCCCAGCAGCGCAAUGGCAGCAGCUUCGUCUCAGGCCAGCCCCUGCGGUUCGCUUCCUCGGCCAUCUCCCGCCUCACCAUGGCCGCUGAGGCUCCCGCUGGGUUCACCCCCCCAGAGCUGAAGGGCGACGUUCCGUCCCCGAUCUUUGGCGGCAGCACCGGCGGUCUUCUUCGUAAGGCCCAGGAUGAGGAGUUUUACGUGAUCACGUGGGAGUCGAAGAAGGAGCAGGUGUUCGAGAUGCCCACUGGUGGCGCUGCCACCAUGAGAGCUGGUGAGAACUCGCUGAAGCUCGCGAGGAAGGAGCAAUGCCUGGCUCUUGGCACACAACUGAGGACCAAGUUCAAGAUUAACUACCAGUUUUACAGGGUGUUCCCCAGCGGCGAGGUGCAGUACCUGCAUCCCAAGGAUGGUGUGUAUCCUGAGAAGGUGAAUGCUGGUCGUGUUGGUGCCAACCAAAACCUCCGCUCCAUCGGCCAGAACGUAGAUCCCGCCGCUGUCAAGUUCACCUCCAAGCGCGCGAGCGAUCUGUAGAUUCUUCUAUAUUUCUUUUGAAAAUGCGAACUUACGUCAUUUUAUAUUUGUCUUUGCCUGAAAAUGACGUGCUUCAGAACUGCCCUUCACUCUUACUGUAGACUAUAUAUGUUUGUGCCUUAGUGGGUACAGCUCACUAGUCUAUAUUGCCUUGUAUCUCC